UUUCUCUGCCUGGUGUAGCAUUCACAUCGCAACGCUCAUGUGGUAACAUCCACUAUCUCUUGGCUGACCCUGCACACUGGACUGAUUCCAGGGAUUUGAAGUAGACAGGACAGACAGACAGAUAGAGCAGACAGAGUGCUUAUAUGCUAGAGAGAGAUAAGUCAGUGUCGAAGUGGAGGAGAAAAGAGCAGCGAUCCAGAGAAGAAAGGGAGAAGCAGGUGAGAAAGUGGAAAAAGGCAUCUAGAAGAAGCAGAAAGGUCGAUUAGCUGUCUGUACACUUCAAAUCAACUGACAUGGCUGCUAUGGAAGCACUGGAAUCCACGAGUGCCCUGAUGGAGCCUCAAUCUCUGACUGAGAUCUCAGACGAUGAGGUCAACCUCCCCCCCUCAGAUGACGAAGAUGAUGCCCUAGCCGCGGUCAAGAAAGAGCUGUCCACCAUGGGUACAGAAGGGGAUGCCGCCGAAGACAAAGACGAAGCAGCGAAGCAGGACACCCAGGUGAAUGGGGUGAUGGUUCUGACUCUGCUUGACAAGAUCAUCGGGGCAGUGGACCAGAUCCAGCAGACCCAGAGUGGGCUGGAGGCCAGGCAGCAGGAGAUGGAGCGCUCGGUGACCAGCAUUCAGGGCGAGCUGACAAAACUCUCCAAGAGCCACAGCACCACAUCCAAUAGCGUGAACAAGAUGAUGGAGAAGGUGCGGAAGGUCAGCGUCAAUGUCAAGACUGUGCACGCCACCCUGGAGAAGCAAGGAGGCCAGAUCAAGAAGCUGGAGAGCAACGAGUCCGAGCUGCUCAAGAGACGCAACUUCAAAGUCAUGAUCUACCAGGAUGAAGUGAAGGUUCCCUCAAAACUCAGCAUCUCCAAAUCCUUGAGGGUUUCUGAGUCUGUGUCGGGAAGCAGAGGAGGCAGCAUGCUGGAGCUGAAGGAAGCUGUAGAAGGGGAGGAGGCUGAGGCAGAGAAGGCAGACAAGCCCCAUGUAGACCUUUCAUCAGAUGAAGAAGGGUUGGAGAUCGAGGAGACCAUAGAGGAGACCCGCGCCGAGCGCAUCAAGCGAAGCAGCCUGCAGCGUGUACAAACCCUGAAGACGGUCUUCUCAAAGGAGAAGAUGGAUAAGAACAGAGCAAAGACCAAAGAGAACCUGGAGAGGACCAAACAGAAAACCAAGGAAAACAUUGAGAAGACAAAGCAGAAGACCAAAGAUAACCUGGAAAAGACCAAACAAAAAACCAAGGAUACUUUGGAGAAGACCAAACAGAAGACCAAGGACAACCUGGAGAAGACACGUCACAACAUCGAGAAGAAGAUGGGGAAGCUCGGAACAAAGAUGAGUGUCAACCCUGAGCGCAAGCAGAAGAUCGUAACAUCCCGUGAGAAGGUGAAGAAGUCCUUCACACCAGACCAUGUGGUUUACGCCCGGUCAAAGACUGCUGUGUACAAGGUGCCCCCCUUCACCUUCCACGUCAAGAAAAUCCGUGAGGGUGCCGAGGAGGUGAUCCAGGGAACGGAGAUGGUGGAGGUGUCCCAAGAUGCUGAUGCCUUCAGCGGAGUGGAUGGGGAGGUUGAGGAGGGCGCAGUGGAGCUUGAGAUGGAGAUGAUGAAUGGAGGGGGGGAUGAGGAAGAAGCUGAGGAGGAUGAAGAGGAAGACAGCCAUGAGGCUCUGCAGGAGAAUGAAGACAGAGAUAGAGACAGCGACUAGAUAAAGAAUAAGGAAUUGGUCAAGGUCCUCACAUGAUCCCUGAGAUUCUUUUGUAGAAACAAAAUUGAUUAUGGGGAUUGGUAAUGAAUAAUUAUGGUUGAUGACAACUUGGGUCUAUUUUUUUAAUAUUUUCGGCCGUUAUUAGUGUCAGUUAUGAUAACUUUGUACAUACAGUACAUGUAAUUGUUGAGAUCUGGGAGCACGUUACAAGAUGAAUAGGUCAGUCAGAUGUUUAGACAGCUGAGUUAGGGUUAGGGUUGGAGUUCGCAAAAACUGUCGUUCACCUAACAGAAGAACCUGUGGACAAUCACAACUAUCAUAAGGAUGGUACAGUUCCCCUUUGUUUCUCCACCUUAUAAAUUUGGCGAGCCUACAACCCAUCCUUUCAGAUUGUCCGACUGUUGCUUCUCUUGAUGUGUUGCAAGUUUUUUUGAUGAAACAGCUCUGAUAAACCCACUGUACACCUCCCACUCAGCAACAAGCAGACACAGUUAGGGACCUGCUGGUACAAUCUGGCAGCUGAAGACCUAUGUCUGAAAUGUUGGACUUUUGCAUGUGGACUUAAACAUCACACCAUAUGAAUGUUAUUGUUGCUAAAACAUUAGCAAAAAGCAAAGCUAGUGCCAGGAAGUAUACCAGUAUAGAACUACUAUAAAAAAAAAGUAAGGACUAGAAGGUAAUCUGACCUUGGGUUGCAGCAUUCCCAGAUCGUAGCAGUUAAUUUGGCAAGACAAUGUUAUCAUCACCAUUCCAAAUAAUGACAUUCACUAUAAAAAAGGGACCCAAGUUGUACAAAAAAAAGAACAAAUCCCCAGGAAGGGCUUCAUUUUCCAGGGAAAUGAAGCCCUUUUUUAUAGUGAAUAAUGACAUUCACUAUAAAAAAGGGACCCAAGUUGUACAAAAAAAAAGAACAAAUCCCCAGAAAGGGCUUCAUUUUCCAGGGAUUAAUACAAAUCUUCCCAUAUCCCAAAUUUCCCAAGUGCACAAGCACUUCAAGAGUUGGUUAGCUAGCCGCUACAUGUGUUUAAAGUCCAUAUUUGUUUGAGUGAAGUCGAUGAUCGUGAAAUUCGAAAGAAGAAGAACAAGAAAAUGUGAAGAGGAAACCGGAUAUAACUUUGUUCUUGACUGGGGAAGGGAGGUGGGGCCAUUGUGGAACUGACAUAGUCAAGAAACAAUAAGGAGGACACCAUCAUCGCAUUGUAAGUGUAGUUUUUAGCAGCAUUUCCUCCUAUUUUUUAAAAACCCCAAUCAAGCAUAUGGAAAGGAAUAAUCUCCUGCUACUGAAUUAAAGUAUUAAUGUCCAAUGGAAAGUUAAACAGAAAAUGUCCAAAUUGUUCAUAAACAAACUGAGUACAUAUUUGUGCUUAAAAUGCUUAAAUACAUUGUCUAUUACAUACCGCACACGCACACGCACACGCACGCACGCACACACACACACACACACACACACACACACACACACACACACACACACACACACACACACACACACACACACACACACACACACACACACACAAGUAUUCCUUCCAUCACUUUGUUGUUCAUCUGUUUAAAACCUGAAGUGUUAUCUUACCCUGCUUAAUGUACUCAUUACUUAGUUACCAUGUUGUAAUUUCUAGGUUUUGAUGAGUUCAUAGUUCAAUAUUUGUAUAUGAAUUUGUAUGUGACCAGAAUUUACACAUGGCUGACAUCAAUUCCUAUUCAACACUGACAGCCUAAUAUUUGCUUCACACCUGGUUGCAGUACUCUAAUGCAACAUUUUCCUGCCAAAUAAUAACAAGUACCCAUGGAAACGAAGGUCUGCAACUCAAAGGCAGAGACAGCUCAUCUAUAGGUCCAUUGCAUUUCACUCGCCGAUUGUAUUCACUUUGUUUAGUUUUGUUUUAUUUUAAGAAAAUCUUCUUAUAAAUCAUGUUAUGUGCUAUUUUAAGAUGUGUUUUCUAAAUAAACUGAGAUAAGGACCAAUGCUCUCAGAAAGAACCAGUUCACAGUCUUACCAACUGUGUACUAUUGGGACCUGUCCAUUCACAGGACAAAAGGAGAGUGUGUAACGGCGGAGGUCUGUCACUGACCCCUAGUGUCCAGUCAUUUCAUUUCACCAGACCGCUAAAGUGUUCUCUUCCAUUUCAUUUAGAUCUUACAACACAUUUUUCAUCUCUUGUCCACAUUUACUUAUUUGUAAUAAGGUCCAUAUGUUUUAUAUAUUCACAACUACUGUUUUCAAGAAUUAAUUAAUAGAUUUUCUAGCAUUUUCAAGAUAGAUUUCCAUUCACCUAUGCACUUAUCCUUGACAGGUCAGCUGAAGUGAAUCGAAAGUAUGAGUCAAAAAUGUUUUUUUAUAUAUAUAUAUAACCCUUUCCAAAGUUUAACACAUUGCCACAGCAUUUGUUCUGUCAGCGUUCAGUUUCUAGCUCAGACACAUCACAGCUUUAUUAGUGUUUUUUGUAUAUAAUGUGAAUCACUGCAAAUGCAGAUAAUAUGCUCUUUUUUUUUUUUACAAGAGAGCUUCUUGCCUUCUGCUGCUUGCACUUCUUUUGCAUUUAAUACAGCUUCUCAGGCUGUAUCCUAGCUUUUUGAUAAAAUUGUGUUAGAGAAUUAUAUCAGUGGUUUAAGGCUAAGCCUUUCAAAGUGGAUUAACAAUGCCAUGUCUGCCAGAGAAAUAACAACAUGCAGGUGUGCUGAGGCCGAUGUCAAUGGAACAUAAAAUGUAGUUCACACUUAACUGUUUCCUUGCUUUUGUUUUGUUGGUAACUGAUUCCAGUAUAAUGUUGCAUUGCUUAACCACUAAUGAUUUAAUUAAUAAAAGCUGUUUGGUUCACA